AUGAUUCCAAGUGCUCCUCCAACAGAGCAGUCUCUCGACCCGAUGCAGAGAUGGCAGGAGUCACCGCCAGAAGACGAACCAGCCUCCAUGUCCGCUAUCAUGGAUGCAGUCAACAACGCAGUCAUCCAGGAUAAUGCCCGGCUGUCCGAUUACCCUGACACUGCCUCAGAAACGAAUAGCCGUGGGUCCUUAGAUGCUUUCCGUCACCAUCGUGGACGCCCUUCAUCGGCAAGUGGUGACAGCGGCACCAGCAUCUCGUCCAAGUUCUCGGCUGCCUCGCAUCGUUCUGCAGGCUCGGGAGUUUCACAGUCCGGAUCCUUGAGCCAUAAGUCACAAUCGCGAGUAGGAAAGACACGACAGACAAAGGGACAGACCAAGGGGCAGGCAAAAGGGCAGACAAAGGCGAGUCAAGAUACACGAAGAAGAUUCUGCUGUACAUUCUGCUGCGACCGCUUCAAGAGCAAAUAUGACUGGGCUCGGCAUGAGAAAUCGCUCCAUCUGAACCUGGAAAAAUGGGUCUGCACCCCAUUUGGCGGCGUUGUCUUCUCACCCACUACCAACAGAACACACUGCGCAUACUGUCAUGCUCUUGAACCUAGUUCCGAACACCUUUCGCUACAUAAUCAUCUCGCGUGCCAAGGCAAUAAUCCCGAAUUUCGCCGCAAGGAUCACCUCACCCAACAUCUGCGCCAUACACAUAAACUCGAAGUCAUGCCUCUGAUCGAUGACUGGAAAAUCGCUGGACCGGCUGUAUCAUCACGGUGUGGAUUCUGCGAUACCACAAUGAGCACCUGGACCGAGCGGAUCGAACAUUUGGCCGGACACUUCCGCGAGGGCACAACAAUGAAGGAAUGGCGCGGCGAUCAUGGGUUUGCGCCAUUUAUUGCUGCACAGGUUAAGAACUGGAUGCCGCCAUAUAUGAUUGGAUCCGAGUCGCAUAGUCUGAUACCAUUUUCUGCGACGGAUUAUAAUGUUCAGGAUCACUUGAACCAGAUUUCUGCGCGGGUACAGGGUGAAGAGACUCUCACGGAACAGACCGAUCUACCUGCGCUGGAUGAAAUUCCUCCAAGAUCACAGUUGAGUUCCUUCACGGAGGUUUUGACAAAACAUCUUAGUCAGUAUGCACAGCGGCAGAUGAAGUUGGGGAUUGUCCCGACGGAUGAGAUGUUCCAGCGGGAAUCGAGGCGCAUUGUUUAUGAUACCGAGGACUCGUGGAACCAGAGCAUUGCAGAUAAUUCGGAGUGGUUGGAUGCUUUCAGGAGAUUGCAUUGUCAGCCGAUGCAGGUGAUUGGGAGUCCGCAAGUGGAUCAGGAGAGUGGAUUGCCGUAUGAGAUGGCUGGUUCAUCCUAUGCAGCAGAAUAA